AUGGCUGAGAAUUAUCCCAACACAAACAUGCCCGGUUCGAACAUGGAUCCAUAUAACUACCAGAUGAACUUUGAGCAUUUAGAUUUCUUCGACUUCACUGACUGGAAGAAGGACGAUCUUGAACUUAUCGUCUCUGGUUAUCCCGAAAGCCAGAACUAUGACGCGUUUAACUUUGGGGGAAGUAGCAGCUACCAUGAAGAUCUCAACGGCAUUGCAGCAUCAGGAGAUGGUAGAAGUGGCAGGGAGAAUAAAGAAACCACAAAGAAGGUUGCCUUUAAAACCAGGUCAGAAAUUGAGAUACUUGAUGAUGGCUUCAAGUGGAGGAAGUAUGGAAAAAAGAUGGUGAAAAACAGCCCAAAUCCCAGGAAUUAUUACAAGUGUUCGGUUGAAGAAUGUCCAGUAAAAAAGAGAGUUGAGAGAGACAAAGAUGAUCCGAGAUAUGUAGUAACAACCUAUGAGGGCAUCCACAACCACCAUAGUCCUUCUCAGCACUAA